GCAGCUUGCAAGACAGACGCUUUAGAUUUCAUCUUUCAGGAUAUUGUUUGUAACAAUCAUGCUGUUCACCAAAUAUCUGUUUUUGUCUUUCAUGGUGGUACGAGUGCAGUUAUUUUUGCACCAACUUCAGCCGUUCCUGUUUGUGAACAUUAAUGAUACAGCAAAGAUCCAGUGCUCUUCCAAAAAACAAUUUUCAGCAGGACGUGUGAGAGCUCAGUGGUACAGGAGACGGGAAGGUGAGGCGCCCGUGUUAAUUAAGAGAUGCUCAGAUCAUCAAAACGUAAAUAAAGUUGCUUUCAUAUUGGAAGGACACAACUUGACCCUGGCAAUCUACAAUGCUCAACGGAAUGACUCGGGGGUUUAUUACUGUUCCGAUUCGUACUUCAUCUUGACUUUUCACAAUGGAUCCACCCUGAUUGUUGGAGACAGUUACACCACCAGCAGUUGGGUGAUGCCUCUGGCUCCAUCUCCCCACAGCCUCCUCUCCCCUGGGACGGCUGAUCUGGCUUGCGUGGUCCAUGGAGUUUCCAACCCAGUCCAAAUUUCCUGGAGUAUUUCUGGGGAUCUGCAGGAACAGGGGCUGCUGCGUUCGCUGAAAGCAAAGGAUGGCUCCUUGGUGUUCAUAAAUCACAUCAGCGUCCCUGUGGCCACCUGGACCAGUGGGAAGAAUUUCACCUGUGAUGUUAAAUUCAACUCUUCUGGCAAGUGUGUUAAGAAAAUUGCCAGGUAUGUUGAAGCUUCCUCCACAGCCCCUGCCAGCGAGUGCUCACAUUACAUUGUGCCCCUUGCGGCUGGAGCUGGCCUGCUGCUGCUGGUGGUGUCUCUGAGCCUCAUCUGGACCCUCUGCCCUUCCACACUAGGAUUCAAGCCCAGGAUCUCAGCACCUCCAGCUUCAGAGGAGAACCAGGAUGGAAUCUUAUACGCUCAUCUGGAUUUCGAUUCGCGGAAUCGCAAUGCGCGCACGAUUCAGCGACCGGCCAGAGGGAAACAUCUAAAACCCUGAGCUGUCUAGUGCAGGGGAAUCCACAUGUGGUUCUCUGCUGAUCGGAUGCAGCAGCUGAAAGAAGGCUCUGUCUGUCUCCGUCUCCUUUCUUUUUUAUUUUCUCCACUUCUCUGCUUAGAAUAAAAAGCUCAGAAGAUCCCCAAAGAGUCCAGCCUCAUCAGAUGGGAAAUCUCCUUUUGGGAUAUAAAGGCAUCAGGGUGUAGAUGACUUUACAUGUCCCCUUUGUUUUAGAUUGGAAGCUGUUUGGGGCAGGGACUGUCUCUUUGUUCUGUGUUUCAGCAGCGUCUAGUACAGAGGGGCUCUGGUCCAUAACUGGGGCUCCUAGGUAACAAAAUCAUCAUCCUCCCUGCAUCUGUACAGGGACCUGGACUCAGCUGAAUGGCUGCAGGUUCCCUGCACAGAGUGAGGCUGGAUGGCAGGAGCCUGCAGAGGGGACAGGCAGCCCUUGUAUAUGCCGCAGCUCCCAACUCCCCUGAUCCUCAGAAGGCUCAUGCUCCCUUUGCUGUAACGUUACAUGGACGUGCAGUGGGAUUGUGAAGGGGAAGGAUGGAUGCAGGAGUGGAGAGGGAUGAGAAUCUCUCCCCAGGCCAGUGCUGGAGCUGCUACCACCUACUCCAGUGCUACCU